AUUUUCUAUGCAAAUACUACAACAACAACUUGAUUCUAACAAGGGAAUCGAAUCUACAACCAAUUAUACAAAACCCUUGAAUACAACUUCUUUAGUCAAUACAUACAAAGCAGCGCGAAAACGACUCUUUCUAUUUGAUUACGACGGCACCUUGACUCCCAUCGUCAACAAUCCAGCCGAUGCUCAACCUACAUCAGCAUUACUACACUGUCUUCAACUGCUCUGUAAAGAUCCCGCUAAUACCACCUGGAUCAUCUCGGGUCGUGAUCAGCUCUUUCUCGAUACAUACCUCGGCUCAAAAAUACCACGUUUAGGCUUGAGUGCAGAACACGGCUCGUUUAUGAAAAAAGCCGACAUCUAUGAUUGGACGGAUAUGUUGAAGGACGCAGACAUGUCUUGGAAGGAAAAGGCGCUGGCUAUAUUUGAAAAAUACACACAGAGUAAUCCUGGCACAGUCAUUGAGCAAAAGAAGUCGUCGAUCACUUGGCAUUAUCGAAAUGCAUCUGAUAUACAGAAAGCUACCCAGCAAUCUCAGCUGUGUUUUGAUGAGCUCAAGAGUAUCGUCGGCGUAGAUAUUUUGAUUGGAAAGAUGAAUGUCGAAGCCAGGUCGAUCUUGGUGAACAAGGGAGAAGUGGUAAAGAGGAUUAAAGAGAAUGAGAAUUAUGAUUUCAUUUUAUGUGCUGGUGAUGAUCAAACAGAUGAAGACAUGUUUAAAGCGCUCGAAGGGGAUCGACAAGCCUUCUGUGUGUCUGUGGGACCGUUGACAAAGAAGACAAAGGCAAAAUAUAGUGUUGAAUCCAGUGAGGAUAUUGUUGGGACACUCGGGCAGUUGGUGUCUUUUUCAAAAAAUAGCGCAUUAUAGAAUAUUAGGUUAUUAUGUACCCUUUUUGUCGAGAGAGAGAAAGAAUAAAAAAGCAUUGGAACAGUCUGAAUCACAGCAACUAAUCGAUUCGAACUUUUUUUACAUGUUCACUUUUAGUUUAUUACAGUCUUUCCCCGCUUUUUGUUAGAACAAUGGCUGAACAAUACAUUUUUAACAAUGAUUUUUUGUAUGUCCU